CCCCAAUAGCACUUGACCCAAAUAGAUUUAGUUGCAUUUAAAAACCAACCCGGACAUAAAGUAGAUUAUACUUCCUUCAUUUUUGAAGUGCGAACACAUGUGAUUUAUAUGUUUCCUUGAAAAUACGAAUUCUAGAGGAUACGCGUAUGUGUCUGCUUGUAUUGUAAGCCCAAUGUAAGUGCAAUAUUUGGACCACGUUUAUGAAAAGGCUUGAAUUGGCGGUUCAACAACAGUGUGAUUAAAUAUCAACAAACAUGUCCUGAAGGUGUUGAUAGGAAUGUUCUCUUCAAAGCCGAUCAUCUUUUUGCAUUCAGCCGUUUCUUAACAUAUAAUGCUUCCGCGGAUACCAUCUAUUUAUAGAGGCAUUCUUACACUGGUUGGAAUAACUUUAUUACUAUUCAUGCUUUUAAUGCAAGGGAACAGACCAGAUACUGUUAAUUUACGACGUUUGGAAAUUCAGAAUGAGGUUGUGGGUUCUGCUAAAAUCCGGGAAGAGUUUGGAAUGGAAAAGUCUACUGCAAAUAUAAGAACAACACUAAGAACAAUAAAAGAGACUGUACGAUAUCAAAAUAUAGAUACUCGAAAUAUAGUAAACCCUCAUAAUUUUUCGUACUUGAAAAACCCUGUUAACAUUUGCAGUGAAAAGGAUAUAUACAUGAUAACAUACAUUCAUACAUCACCAAAGAAUUUCCAUAAGCGCCAAACCAUCAGAAGCACGUGGGGAGACAAACGUCUGCUCGAGCAGUACAAAACGAAAAUCGUGUUUGUGAUGGGGAGAGUGGAGGAUACAAAAGUAAUGAACAAAUUAGACCUAGAAAAUGCUCAUUAUGGAGACAUAGUACAAGAAGAUUUCUUAGAUUCCUACAAAAAUUUAACUUAUAAAGGCAUCGCGGCUUUGAAAUGGAUAUCAAAUUAUUGCAAUAAUACCGUGUUCACUUUGAAAACAGACGAUGAUAUUCUAGUCAAUAUUUUCAAGCUUGUGAAACAUUUAAAAGAAAUUGUAGAAUUUCAGCUAGGUCACAAGAAUCUAAUUUUGUGCAAUCAGUGGUUACGUAUGGCAGUAUUAAGAGACAAAAAUAGUAAAUGGUAUAUUCCAAAAGAAGACUUUACACCGGACUAUUUCCCGCCAUAUUGUUCUGGCUCGGCAUUUGUGCUGAGCACUGAUAUGACUAGUCGGAUGUACAAUGCUUCUUUAUAUGAAAAGUUUUUCUGGGUUGAUGAUUACUACAUCACGGGUAUGUUACCUAGCCAUAUAAAAGUGAAACAGAAACGAUUAAACGAAGCUUAUAUACUCAAUGGUAGGGUAGUUUAUGACAAGUUAGUGAAUGAUACGAAAAAUCAAUUGAUGUUUUUUCAUGUGCCUAAACUAAAUACAAUUUUUUCAAUGUGGAGAUUAAUCAAACAGCGACUUAAAAUGCAUAUUCAAGAGGAAUUCACGUGGUCACCCGUAGUUUCUCCUAGUACAGUUAUGUAAUAUGCGUAGUUAGAAUUUGCCUAAAUUAUGUUAAUAAGUAAUUUCAAACCAACUCUCAUUAUGAUUAGGAAGAGUCAUUUACUCACUCUCUGUUUCAAGCAAAUUAUGAUAUUUUUAACAAAAUGUGCAGUUAUAUGCCUUGAAUUGAAACUUGCCUCAACCAAUUUUAUUCAAAACCUUCAUGAAAUCCAGAACGUAUUUUUUUUUAAUUAUUUCUUUAUUGCAUUUCUUAUUUACAUUGUUUACAUUUUACUGUUUUGCACAUACAUGUACGUUUAAUUCAUAUCAUUACUCUCUUUUAAAUUAUCAUUUCAAAUACACAUAAAAUGUACGGGUAUGUAUGUCAAAUGUGCCAAUACUGUUUGAAAUAUACACCAAUUUUAGAUACAUAAGAGUUAUUUACAAGGAAAUGAACAACAUUAUAAAUAUAAUUUAUUCAAAUUUAACAGUCGGAUGCAACAUAAAUAUGGCUUUAAUAAAACCGCACCUUAAUUUCACGAUUCAACACGUUAUAAAUGUUAGUACUAUAAUACUAUAAAUAUAAGUCCCAGAUAUAAAAUGUUAGCAAAUUGUGACGCAACCAAGUAAAACCAAAGAUUUUAUUCGUAGUUUUAUAUGUUGUAUACAUUUUAAAUGGUUAAACUCUUUGAUGCAAAACAAAUAAAUAACAGGCUUUGAAAAUAUAUAAAUGCAAGUUAGGUGCUACUAUGGAACCAAAUUGGAUAACAUGGGAGAUAAAAAUGGCCGUGUAAGUUCGAUUGUUUUAAAAAUACA